AGUUCAUAACAGUAUAUGCGAUUAAACGGUCCUCGGUUAGAUGGGAUUCGCUUGAAAAUGAAAGCCCAACCUUACCCUCUCCAUCUUCUGACCAUUCCUGUAUCAUUUGGGGAUUUUUCGGACUGUUUGUUUCGGUGCAAUUUGCACGAAAAUAGCAACAAUGAGGCCGGUUUUCGUUGGCAAACUAGGCAAUCGGAGCUGGACCGGUUGUUCUCUAAAUACGGGAGGGUCGAGCGUGUCGAUAUGAAGUCUGGUUUUGCUUUUGUCUAUUUUGAGGAUGAACAGGAUGCUGAAGACGCUAUGUGGAAUGACAGGCGCAGGCUAUCUGUGGAAUGGGCUAAGGGUGAACGUGGUCGCCAUCAUGAUGGGUCUAAAUCACUGGCAAACCAGAGGCCGACUAAAAGUUUGUUUGUUAUCAUCUUUUAUCCCGUCCACACCAAAGUUCGUGAUAUUGAAAGGCACUUUGAGCCUUAUGGGAAGGUGCUUCAUGUCAGAAUUCGUCGGAACUUUGCAUUUGUGCAGUUUGACACGCAGGAAGAAGCUACUGAAGCUCUUCAGGCUACACAUUUGAGCCCUGUUUAUGACAGGUACAACGGUCCAGUGUAUGACAGGCGCAGGAGUCCUGAACGUGGAAGGAAUGUGAGUCCUGAAUACGGCAGAUACCGCAGUCGCUCGCCUAUCCAAAGAUGAACGUGAAGUCAUCUGAUCCAGUAGUGAGCUCAUCGUUAGUUUCGCUAUAUAGCUUUUAGGUACAUCUGUAGAGGAUGAAACGAUAGUACUUAGUUCAAGUUGAUGUUAUUAUUAAGUU